CAAACAUGAAACGAGUUUAUCACACUUCAACAUUAUUAUCUAUCGUUGGCCGCCGUCUUCUGCGAGCGCAACAACAACAGGCACCGCAUAACAGAGUUACAAAAAGCAUUUCUUACGCAUUACGUUCGUUAGCAAAGAUGGCCACCUACGAAGAAAUCAAGGACGUUCCCAAUCAUCCUGAGGUCUAUUUGAUUGAUGUUAGAAAUAAAGAUGAGCUAGCCUCAACGGGCGCUAUACCAGCCAGCAUUAAUAUACCUUUACCUGAACUGGAGGCUGCCUUUAAAAUGCCCGACAAUGAUUUUAAGACUAACUUCAAUCGUCCGAAACCCACCGAGGAAACUGUACUCAUUUUUAGCUGCCUAAAAGGAGGAAGAGCUCAGAAAGCAGCCGAUAUGGCUGUGGAAAAAGGCUUCAAAAAUGCUAAACCAUAUCCAGGCUCUUGGACCGAAUGGGCCCAAAAGGAAGGCUUGUAAACAGUUGUUGUUCACAUUAGUUUUUUUAAAUGUAUAACUAACCAUUCCCUUUGUAUGAGAAAACAAUUUUAUAAUAAAUGACCUUUGGAGUUGUUUAUA